AUCUGUAUCCUGGCGAUCAAUCCACACGCUGGGAUUAGACAUUCUGAUCCCUGUCGUUUUUGUUAAGAUGAAAUUCAAAAUUGGAACGAAGUAACGCGCUUUCCCGCUCUUUUUAUAUUGACAAUAUGUGUUCGUAAACUAUGUGCGAAUUCCUUUGUUUUCGAAGAGCAUAACAUAAUUUGAAUAUGGAAUCUGAAAACACAAAUCUUCUAGACGAUGGCCAUCUUAACAACCAAGAAACAAUACUUUAGAAUAUCUACACAGAAUAUACUCGAAAUAAAAUGGAACCUUCUACAUCAACCUAUGAGAUGGAAAUAAAAAAAGAUAUCGAAACAGAUGUUAAAACGAAGCCAAUACUCUCUGCUGGUAAAAUAUUUUACAAACCAGGUGUUAUUGAAGAGGAAACGGAUGAGACGAGCGUGUUUGAGAGUUCUGUGGUAGAAUCGCCUAUGCUUGGGUUCAGUGCGAGUGGUCUACUACGACAGCAUUCAAUACACCCAGUGAGCAGUCUUCAUAGAAUACCAACAUACAGCAGUUCUAUAGGACAAAGCACGAUUUACAGAGUGGAUAGUUGUAGGAAUCGUUCGCACAGACAUGGCCUUUCAAGAAGAUCUAGACGACGAGCUAUACUCAAAAAUGGCGAAUGCAACAUUCUCAAGUCGCGCCUCAGCCAGCGACGAUUGCGAUUCCUGCAAGAUAUGUUUACAACUUUUGUGGAUGCCCAAUGGAGGUGGACAUUACUACUGUUUACACUCUCUUUCAUAGUAUCCUGGUUAAUAUUCGCACUCAUAUGGUGGCUGAUUGCGUUUACUCAUGGAGAUCUAGAGCCGGACCAUCUACCAGAGAUGCAAGAGUCAUCCAACUGGAAGCCCUGUGUCUUGGGAAUAUAUGGAUUUACAUCUUGUUUCCUAUUCAGUAUAGAAACGCAACAUACGAUUGGGUACGGUGCGCGUACAACCACAGAAGAGUGUCCGGAGGCGAUUUUCAUAAUGUGUUUCCAAAGUAUAGUGGGUGUGACGAUACAAGCGUUUACGGUCGGUAUAGUAUUUGCUAAAAUGACGAGACCGAAGCAGAGGACACAGACCCUGCUGUUUUCGAAGCACGCCGUGAUAUGUCAGCGGGAUGGUGAACUAUGUCUCAUGUUCCGCGUGGGAGACAUGAGGAAGUCGCACAUAAUUGGAGCAAGCGUAAGAGCGCAACUUAUUCGAUCCAGAACGACCAAGGAAGGGGAAGUGCUAUCCCAUUAUCAAACAGAGCUCGAAUUGAACGCGGACGGAUGUGACAGCAACCUAUUUUUCAUUUGGCCUAUCACUAUGGUUCACAAAAUAAACGCGGACAGCCCGUUCUAUGGCGUCUCCGCUGCGGAUAUUCUUCAAGAAAAGUUUGAAAUAGUGGUUGUUUUAGAAGGUACCAUCGAGUCAACCGGGCAAACGACCCAGGCCCGGUCCAGUUAUACGGCUAGUGAAUUAAUGUGGGGUCAUAGAUUUGUGCCUUUAGUGACAUACAAUCGUGAACGUCAGGGAUACGAAGUAGAUUAUUCCAAAUUCGAAGAUACUAUGCAAGUUGAUACACCACUGUGUUCAGCGAAAGAACUAGACGAGUUUUAUGGAAGCCAAGCGGACCACAGAUCUAUUGGUUACAUGAAUAGUUCCAGUACAUCCCCUGGAACAGCACCCGAUCCAAUUACCAGAAUGUCAGAUAGACUAGCCGUAGAUGCCUUAAACAGAGCAAGUCUUACCAAUAGACCGUCUUCAGUCAAGUACCCACCGGAUUUCUUUGACGCUCCACAUCACACCUCGUCUUCUAGUGAGGAAGAGACAAUGCGUAUAUCAGGAAAAAUUACUGCAAGAAGUUGACAAUUGCAAUCGCACUGAUAUUAAUAUGUAUGUUUCAUAGUUUAAUAGGCUCAGUUAAGCGUAUAAUUUUACAAACAAAUAUAUGACCGCUCUGUUACGGCGGAUAGCGGUUUUAAUCUUAAACUAUAACAGCGCCAUCUAUUGACUGUUAGCAAAGGAAUUACAAUAAUAGUAUAAUAAUUAUUUUAUAUAGACAAAUCAAAAUAUAAGAAUAAUAAUGAUUACUUAGGUAGAUUUGAAUUUGACUGUAGACCUGAUUUGGAAUAAGUGACUUAUUUACUAAGACUUAUAGUUAGAGAAAGCAAAUUGUAAGAACAACAAAAUAAAACUACCAAAACCUACGCUACGUUUUAUUGCCAAAGAAAGUAGUACAAAUUUAUUUUGAUAAUCAUCCUUAAAAUCGUAUAAUAUGGAUAAUUAUCAAAAUAUUUCCAUUUCUGUAUAUCAUGGCAUAAUACAUUAAAAAAUCUUGAAGCUAGAUCUAAAUAGUACCAUAUGUUCUAGAAGUUUUA